UGUUCUUCUUGUCCUGGAUUCGUUUCUGCCCACCGACCACCGGUCCUUCUCCAAGAAUCCGCGAUGCCGCGGCGUCGUACAGUCUCCGCCCUCUCUCUUUUCCUCGUUCUCCUCGUCUGCCUCCCCAUCGCCUCCGCCCUCCGUCCCUUGGUCCUCGUCAUCACGAGCAACGACCUCAAGGACUCCCCCGACUCCGAUCCCCCCGAUGAUUCCCCGGAAUGGGACGAGUUCGGAGACCCCGGCCCCGCCUCCGCCUCCGACGACGACCACGACCCGGGCUCUUGGCGCCCAGCCCUCGAUCCUUCCACUUCGUCCAACUCCUCCUCCGAUGACCCCCACGAGGACCUCUACCUCUCUGGCAUCCGCGCCAUGAUCUCCGCCGCCUCCUCCGGCGACCCCGCCGCUAUGGACUCCGCCGCCUCCGACAUCGAGGCCUCCGCCUCCGCCGGCCACCCCAAUGCCCAGUCUGCCCUCGCCUUCCUCUUCGGCACCGGCCUCGCCCGCCCACAGAGCCGCCCCAAGUCCUACCUCUACCACCACUUCGCCACCGAGGCCGGAAACAUGCAGUCCAAGAUGGUCCUGGCCUACAGCUACUUCCGCCAGGACCUGUACGACAAGGCGGUCGAGCUCUACGCGGAGCUGGCGGAAGCGGCGAUGGCGAGCUUCUUGAUCUCGAAGGAUCCGCCGGUGAUGGAGCCCGUUCGGAUCCACAGCGGAACCGAGGAGAACAAGGAGGCCCUGAGGAAGUCCCGAGGGGAGGACGAUGAGGACUUCCAUAUCACGGAGUACCAGGCGCACAAGGGUAACGCCGCCGCGAUGUUUCGGAUGGGGCUGCUAUAUUACUAUGGGCUGAGAGGGGUGAGGCGGGACUAUGCCAAGGCUGUUUAUUGGUUCUCGAAGGCUGUGGAGAAGGGGGACCCGAGGGUGAUGGAGCUACUCGGGGAGAUCUAUGCAAGAGGUGCUGGAGUGGAGAGGAAUUAUACCAAGGCUUUUGAAUGGCUCACGCUUGCAUCCAGGCAGCAGUAUUAUUCGGCAUAUAAUGGAUUGGGAUAUCUCUAUGUCAAAGGAUAUGGAGUAGAGAAGAAAAACUUAACCAAAGCAAGAGAAUAUUUUGAGAAAGCUGCUGAAAAUAAGGAGCCUGGAGGACAUUAUAACCUAGGUGUUUUGUAUCUUAAGGGCAUGGGUGUAAAAAGGGAUGUGACGCUAGCCCGCAAGUUUUUUCUUACUGCAGCUAAUGCUGGUCAGCCAAAGGCCCUCUACCAAGUGGCGAAGAUGUUUCAAAAAGGCAUCGGUCUUAAGAAGAAUCUUCAGAUGGCUACACUAUUGUACAAAACAGUAGCAGAGAGGGGACCUUGGAGCUCCUUGUCAAGAUGGGCCCUAGAGUCCUACUUGAAAGGUGAUGUGGGAAAAGCGCUCUUGUUAUAUUCUAGAAUGGCAGAGCUGGGAUAUGAGGUGGCACAGAGCAACGCUGCUUGGAUCCUUGAUAAAUAUGGGGAACAAAGCAUGUGCAUGGGAGAAUCUGGCUUUUGCACAGACACACAGAGGCAUCUCCGUGCACAUUCUUUGUGGUGGCAGGCAUCAGAGCAGGGUAAUGAACAUGCUGCUUUGUUGAUUGGGGAUGCUUACUACUAUGGCCGGGGCACCGAGAGAGACUAUGAACGUGCAGCGGAGGCGUACAUGCAUGCUCAAUCACAAUCCAAUGCUCAGGCUAUGUUCAAUCUGGGAUACAUGCAUGAGCAUGGACAAGGACUGCCUUUUGAUCUUCAUUUGGCAAAAAGGUAUUACGAUCAGGCCCUCGAGGUUGAUCCGGCAGCGAAAUUGCCUGUUACUUUUGCACUUACAAGCUUGUGGAUACGAAAGAACUAUGCCGACAGCUUCCUGGUUAGGUUGAUUGAUUCACUCCCUGAGGUCUAUCCAAGAAUUGAGGCAUGGGUGGAGGAAGUACUCAUGGACGAAGGCAAUGCAACUAUAUUGACCCUCUUUGCAUGCCUCCUUGCUGUCCUUUACCUCCGCGAACGGCAAAGACGGCAUGCUGUGGUGCCGCCUCAUCAGCCAGAUGGUGUGCCCAACUAAUGCAGGAGAGAGAAACACGGAAAUCAGCUUCCUCUUGCGCAGCCUGCAGACUUCAAUAAGGCCAUUAUAAAUGCCAAUUAAUCAAGAACUUCAUUUCAUGGCUAAUUCAGUUGGAUUCACAGAAAAAAAAGUCGUAAUCGCGAAGGCAUUGGUUUUGAUGGUCCCUUCCCAAAACCUUGUUUAACUUGAUGUGUAAAUACUCCUUUGUGACAUCAACUGGGGGGAGGGGCAACACACUGACUGCAAGCAGAGAUAUCCGCAGCUCAUGGGAUGGCAUUGGCUGUUCAUUCCUUCAAGAAGAUAUAAUAUUAAUUGAGAUUUGUAAUAUUCUGCUACUAGACUGCUGCUCGAGUACGGGGUUGGUGCAUCAGAAGGUUUUUUUUUUAAGCUGCCUUAUUCUGCUUUUAAUCAGCCGUACUUUAUAGAUUUACCCCCUUCUUGGAGGUGUUAAUUUUUCCA